UUCUCCAAACCUCUCACAAAACUUUCUUAGCGCACACAGCCUUUUUUCCUACCACAGAAAUGGCUCCAAUCAUCGCCGCCCAUGCUGCUGCCGCCAAUGGCUUCGUGAAACCGAAGCCCGAGAACCAGCCUAGCUGUGCCUACGUGACGUUUUUGGCCGGAAACGGCGACUACGUGAAGGGUGUGGUUGGGCUGGCCAAGGGGCUCAGGAAGGUGAAGAGCAAGUAUCCCCUGGUGGUGGCGAUGUUGCCGGACGUGCCGGAGGAUCACCGGAAAAUCCUGGUGGAUCAGGGCUGUAUUGUAAGGGAGAUCGAGCCCGUCUAUCCACCGGAGAACCAGACUCAGUUCGCCAUGGCCUAUUAUGUCAUCAACUACUCCAAGCUCCGAAUUUGGGAGUUUGUGGAGUACAGUAAGAUGAUCUACCUGGAUGGAGACAUCCAAGUCUUCGACAACAUCGACCACCUGUUCGACCUCCAGCGCGGCUUCUUCUACGCGGUAAUGGACUGUUUCUGCGAGAAGACGUGGAGUCACACCCCUCAAUACCAGAUCGGGUACUGCCAACAGUGCCCCGACAAGGUCCAAUGGCCCGGCCACGCUGGCCCGAAGCCGCCUUUCUACUUCAACGCCGGGAUGUUCGUGUACGAGCCGAACCUCGGCACUUACCAGGAUUUGCUGGAAACCCUCAAGAUCACACCUCCGACUUCAUUUGCUGAACAAGACUUCCUGAACAUGUACUUCAAGGACAUCUACAGACCCAUUCCGAAUGUGUACAACCUCGUGCUCGCGAUGCUGUGGCGUCACCCCGAGAAUGUUGAGCUGGACAAGGUGAAGGUCGUUCAUUAUUGUGCCGCGGGGUCGAAGCCGUGGCGGUACACGGGCGAGGAAGAGAACAUGGACCGGGACGACAUCAAGAUGCUGGUGAAAAAAUGGUGGGAUAUCUACGAUGACGAGUCCUUGGACUACAAAAACAUCGUGGCUAGAGAUGAAGCCGCGAAGCAAACAAAAUGGGAUCGAUUCCUUGCGGCGUUGGCGGACUCCGGAGCUUUCCGCUUCAUAACCGCCCCGUCCGCAGCCUAGUUGUUUGGAGUUAGGGGUUUGUUCAAGCGUGUAGAGCAAUUAUAGAGUCAGCUGCAAUUGAAAUUGGUGGCUCUUUUUUUUUUUCCUCGAAAGGGAAGGGUUUUAUUUUCUCUGUCGUUUUCUCGAUUUAGGGGUUGAAGAUAAAGAUUCCUUCCUCUUAAUUA